AUGACCACCACCUUGACCCAAAACUACAUGGCCCCGGUCGCCCCGGUCCUCUCCAAGCAGCCGCCAUGGACCGAGCAAAACUUCCUCCAGUCGAGAACGACUGUGAACAAUAUGGUCAGGACGCUUGACCCCUCGGCGCAGCUGCCGUACGUGCCCGACAUGGCCCUCCCGACCCCGCCAGCGACGACAGCGAGCAUGUUGUCCACCGACGACGCCCACCCUGCCCUCGCCAACGUGGUCGAUAUGCCGGUGCACCAGCUUAUACAGCAGACUAUCGCGACUAGCACCGGUGUCGACUUGGACGAGUCUGCAUUCUUUGCUGCCGACUUGAGCGCGGUCUACCAAUCUGUCCAGCGGUGGCGCGCUUCGCCUAUCGGUUCGCGUGUCGAGAUCUUUUACGCGGUCAAGUGCAACCCUUCUCCUGCGGUGCUGCACUUGCUUUCCCUCAUGGGCACUUCGUUCGACUGCGCAUCUUCGUCCGAGAUCAACCAGGUCCUCGCGCUUCCCUCUGCGCCGGCCGGGGACAGGAUCAUCUUUGCCAACCCUUGCAAGCCCGCUUCCUUCAUCCGCACCGCGGCCCAAAAGGACGUGAGCAUGAUGACGUUUGACAAUGCCGACGAACUCUACAAGAUCAAGCGGAUCUACCCGAACGCCAAGCUCGUCUUGCGUAUCCUUACAGACGACUCCAAGUCGCUCUGCCGACUUGGCUUGAAGUUUGGUGCGCCCCUCGACUCGUGCCCCGGUCUUCUCAAGCUCGCCCGCCAGCUUGGGUUGAACGUCAUCGGUGUCUCCUUCCACGUUGGAAGUGGGUGCAAGGACCCGAUGCAGUUUGCCGAUGCCGUUUGGCGCGCGAGAAAGGUGUUUGAUAUGGGUAAAGAGGCUGGGUACGACUUUGGGUUGUUGGAUAUCGGAGGAGGGUUUGAGCAUGAGACGUUCAAGGAGAUGACUGAGGUGUUGAACGAUAGCUUUGAGCUCUACUUCCCUGCGAGCAGCGGGGUGAGGAUUAUUGCUGAGCCUGGACGAUUCUUGGUGUCCAGUGCGUUCACCUUGGCGACUUCUAUCAUUGCCGCUCGUCGAGCCAUUGGAGCCGAGGCCGGCAAGGAACAGGCUCAGGCUGUUGCUCAGGAAGAGGCCAAGUCUGCUGACGUGAUGUACUACAUCAACGACGGCGUUUACGGUUCUUUCAACUGCAUCAUGUUUGACCACCAAAUCGUCCACCCCCACCCUCUCACCAUCGCCCACGAGCGCGCCAUGGUCGAGCCUCCCUUCCCUCCUCUGCCCAAUGUGGCAGUCGACGUCGACCUCCCCGUUCAGAUGGGUUACACCGAUGUUGAGACGGCCAGUGUCUGGGGACCUACCUGCGACUCGAUCGAUUGUGUGAGGCAGUUGGUGGAUUUGCCUAGGGGUAUGGAUGUGGGUGAUUGGAUCGGAUGGAGUGAGAUGGGGGCGUACACUCUGUGCGCUGCGAGCACUUUCAACGGCUUCGAGAAGUCUCCUGUCCUCUGGACUACUGGCGGACACUCUGAAGACGCCUUGGCUGUGCGAGCGAUUCUCGACUCUUACAAUGCUACUUUCCUCAGAUGA